AGACUCGCUGCGGUUACUUCCACGGUGAGACAUGGCGGAGUUUGUAGUCAGUUUUUACAGUUUUCAAAAUGCUUAAAGAGCUACAAUUCCGGCUGAGUUUUCCCCCGUAACACACCAGGGGCCAGUUUGAAGUAGCGAGGAGUUGUUUUUUAUUUAUUUUUUUCCCUCGAGAAGGACGGAGCGGCGGGCGUCGGACUGGGAGAAAAAGAAAAUGUGUUGUCAUCUUUGCUCAGUCAAUAGCCUCAGGCAACAAAUAUGGCUUCUACUUGUGUAUCCUUCUUUUCGGGUUGAAAACCGUCCCGACUGGGUUAUACGGAGCAGUUUUCAGCGGCUUGUUUGAACACUGAGAGAGACUUCGGGCUGGGAGAAGGAGGAGUAGGAGGAGGGGAAGAUGGAGCUCCAGCAUAAAGAGUUGUUGGAGAAAUGCUACCAGAACUUGGUGGAGUCCAUAACGGACGCGGACCGAGUUGUGGACGUCCUGGCUCACCGUGGGGCCCUGAGUCAGCCGGAGCUGCUGGAGUUGGGACACCAAUGCGUCUCCGGCUCCGAGAAAGUGGACCUUCUUCUAAAGAUCCUGAUGAGCAAGGACAGGGACUGCUUCGCGGAGCUUUGCGAGGCUCUGGAGGCGACGCACCCUCACCUGAACCCCCUGCUGCUGGACGGCGUUGGCCCAGUGGAUCACACCACCGGGUCCACUUACAGCGUUUUGUCCACAAUGCCAUCAGACUCGGAGAGCAGCAGCUCGCUCAGCAGCUUGGGUGAGCGUGGCAGCCCUGGUACCUCUGGUCAAGCCUCCUCCCCUCUUCCUGGCCACGUCGAUGUGCAUCAGGCAAAUGAGAAGAUGGAGACGGUGCUGUUACAGCUUCGACAAGUGACUCGUGAGAGGGAUGAACUGCUCAGACGUGUGGCCUUACCUUCUGGAAAUGCUUUUGAGGAAUGCAGACUAAACUCAAGAUCAGGUCAUGACUAUGAGCGUCUAAAGCUGCAGUGCAUGAAGGCAAUGGCGGACCUGCAGUCCCUGCAGAACCAGCACAGCACAACCCUGAAGAGGUGCGAGGAGGCUGUAAAAAAAGCUGACUUUUAUCGACGUCUAGCGAGUGACCACAACCAGCUAAAGGAAGAACUAGAGGCUGUGAGGCAACACAACAUCCAGCUGGUCAGAGAGCACAAUCAUGUGAAGCAGACCUGCGAGGAGCUCAGGAGGCUCCAUGAUGAAGAUGAAAGGGAGCUGGCUGAUAUGAAGAUGCUGCAUCAGCAGGUAAUGAGAGAAGGAUCAUCUGAUGUCUUAAACAAGCUUUAUGAAGCAGCUGUGGACAAACUGGAUGCAAUGAAGAGUGACUAUGAGGCUCUGAGGAAGCGUUACAAUGAGAAGAUAGCGAGUCACAAUGCUGAGUUGAGCCGUUUGGACCAAUUAGAGGAGGAGAAUCACAGACUGCAAAAGACCCUGGAUAUACUGUCGAAACAGAGAGAUGCUGCCAUCCACUAUCAGCAGCAGUUCUCAACGUCUGUUCAAAGGUUUGACAACACUCAACAUGAGCUUUCCAAAGCCACAGUCCAGAACUUGGAGCUCCAGCGAGAGCUUGAGCGGCUGCAGUCAGAGGCGACCCGACUUAAGACCCAGCAGUUAAAGGCUGUGAAGGACUGCGAGAAGUACAAGGAGGAGCGAGACUCUGUGAUCAGCGAGUACCGCCUGAUCAUGAGCGAGAGGGACCAGGUGAUCAAAGAGGUGGACAGGCUCCAGACGGGGCUGGAGGUGGCCGAGGCAAAGCUUAUGAACAAUUCCUCAGAGAGGCGGGUGGCCACCGAGGAGCUGGAGGCUUUACAACAAGAGUUGGCUUCAGCACUGGUGGACCGGGACCGAGCUAUCUGUGAAAAGAACGAGCUGCUGGAGAAAUACUGCCAUGAGGUAAAGGACAAGGCUGAGGCUCAGAAGGAGCUAAACCAGGCCUGCAAAGACAUUGAGAUGGUGCGUGAGGAAAGAGACGUGGCCCGCAAGGAGAGAACAGAAGCCAUCAUCCAAAGGGACCAGCUGCUACGAGAGUAUUACCAGGCCAGACAGAAACAGGAUUCUGCAACUCUGGAUAUGGAGCGAGCAAACAAAGAGAUCGAGAUUCUCAGGAAGCAGUAUGAGGCCAUUUCCCAAGAGCUCAAAGAGGCUCUUCAAGAGGCAGAGGUUGCUAAGUGUCGACGGGACUGGGCCUUUCAGGAGAGGGACAAGAUUGUGGCAGAGAGGGAGAGCAUUCGCACGUUAUGUGACAACCUUAGGCGAGAGAGAGAUCGGGCUGUAAGCGAUUUGGCUGAUGCGCUGAGGAAUUUGGAUGAUACAAGGAAGCAGAAGAACGAUGCUGUGCGAGACCUCAAAGAGCUAAAAGAAAAGUUGGAUGACCAGUUAGAGACAGAAGCCAGAUAUCGGCAGCUGAUGGCUCAUAGUUCACAUGAUUCAGCCAUAGACACAGACUCAAUAGAGUGGGAAACGGAGGUUGUAGAACUGGAAAAGCACAGAGAUAUGGAUUUGAAAGCACUUGGUUUUGAUAUUACUGAGUGUGUAAAUGAUCCAUAUUUGCCAGGAGAUUGUGGGAUAUUUGUUUCCAAAGUGGACAAAGGAAGUAUUGCAGAAGGAAGAUUGAGGGUAAACGACUGGUUGUUAAAGAUUAAUGACGUGGAUCUGACCAAUAAAGACAGAAAACAGGUGCUUAAGGCUGUGUUGAGUAGGGAGGGAGUGAUCAAUAUGGUGGUUCGAAGAAGGAAGUCACUUGGAGGACGGGUCGUCACUUCAAUCCAGAUUAACCUGGCUGGACACAAAGACUGUGGAAUCGGUUUGGAGAACGGAGUGUUUGUUGCCACUUUGGCUGCAGGAAGUCCUGCUGCCAGAGACUGUAAUCUUGCUGUUGGUGACAGACUGUUGGCUAUCAAUGGAAAUGAACUUCAUGACAAGUCCCUUUCUGAAUGCGAGUCUCUGCUGAGGACUGGUGGCAGCUCUCUAACUAUCUCUCUUAUGAAGUUCUUUUCACAGAGCUCCUCUGGACAGAAUUUAUUUGAAGCUUUGAGAGACUCUGAAAAGACGUUGCGCCUCCAAUCCAGCGAGCUUCACCCCAGGGGCUGCAGAAACUCAAAGCACAAUUGCUCAACUCAAACUGACAUUUGCAGCUGCAAGUCAGGCAGCAGGGAGGAGGAAGUAUGUAACGAUGCAUGCGAUUCACUGGAAAACAGCAGCAGCUGCACUCGUUCCCAUCACAAAUCCUUUUCUAACUGCUCCCAGGACUCCUGCUCACCUUCCAUCUCCCACAGUCUGUCAGAGCCUUAUCCAGUGCACAGCUACCAGAGGCAAGACCUCGAUUCUCGCUCCCCUACUUUUACCCCUUUGGUCUUGAACUGCAAUCCUGCGCAGCCAUCUGCAGACAGAGGGCAAAGCCCUACAGUUAAGGCCGGUGGAGGAACAUGGCCUAAAGUCAUAGCUGGAGCUUCUGUCACUGAAUGCACUCAGCUUUCCAUCUUCAAAAAACCCAAACAGAGGAAGUCUAUAUUUGACGUAAAUGCUUUCAGGAGGCCAGAGACGGCUCCUAAACUGGACUACAUGUCUCUGUCUCAAAUGUCCAAGCAUUCACCACAGAGUUCAAUGUCUGAAGCCCCUCAGACACCCCCCACACCACCCACCAGGAGUGACUCCUUUAGAUUUAAGCAUCGCCAACAGAAUAGCUCUGCGUCUGACUGCACCAUCACCACGAACACGCCGCCGGCUUCCCUGGCCCUCGCUGUAAGUCCUCAGGAUGAGGGGUUUGUAGGGAGCCAGGAAUAUUACACCAACAUUCCUUCAGGAAAAAAACAAAAGAACCUCCAGAAAUCCACAGAGGAGGAAGAGAGCCAAGGCAGGACUGACAUGCAGGCAAAACGGAGAUACCGACCCAAAUCAGCACCAGCUCUCAGACGCAACGUGACUCCGUUACACAUUCCUGUUCCCAUGCAGACUCAGUCGUUUUCUAAUGAUGAACACUCCCCUGAGCCAGUGGAUUUAUUGCGCUUCUCUCCUUUGAGAUCUAAUCGGUACAUGGUGCCAUUUGCCCCGCAGAGCCGCGGUAGCUUCGUGCCACACCAGCCACAGCGACGUGCAGCACCAUGUCCUGCAAUGACUGCUGUCAUGAGGAACCCAGUUUACACAGCAUGGAGCCAUGAGAUCCAGAACUGUCCUCCAGUUCCUAGUUCAGGCCUUGAUCAACAUACUCAAAGCCCCCAGCAUCAGGGUCUUCUCAGUUUGGACUUUGGCCACAAGCGCAAUGGACACUUGAGUGAGACGCCCUACAGCCAACCACAACACAGCACCAAGUCUUUGCCCUCUGGAGCCAGGCUGAGCUCCUCUGGUACUUUACAGUAUAGAGCAGAACGUAUAAAAAUCCCUCUGGCCCAUUACUCUCGCUCUACUGGUUCUGACAAAGGCUCUCUUUCACAUUCAGAGUGUAGCAGCCCAACGCCCCCGAUGUCUCCUGUUAACCUGGAAACAUCCUCUUUCUCCAGCAGCCAAUCGCAGAGCUCGGUUUCUUCCCAUCCUAGGAUAUCAGUCAGCCCCGCUCCUGUUGGUGACAGGAGGAAGGAUGGAUUUGUUUCUUCCUAUCCUUCUGUAACACGUCCACCAUUGAAGGCCAGGUUUCUCUGUAUAAGAAGCUUUAGACCAUUUUUAGGUGAGCCACGCAAUGUGACGGUACAAAAAGGAGCAGAACCACUUGGGAUCUCUAUUGUGAGUGGAGAGAACGGAGGAGUGUUUGUCUCCAAAGUAACACUGGGGAGUAUCGCUCACCAGGCACAUUUAGAGUAUGGAGACCAGCUGCUGGAGUUUAAUGGAAUCAACCUUCGCAACGCCAAUGAACAGCAGGCCCGGCUGGUGAUUGGACAACAGUGUGACGUGGUUACCAUUUUGGCGCAAUAUAAUCCUCACAUGUUUCAGUUGGGGAAUAACUCCAGAUCAAGUUCUCAGAUGGAGUCCAUCAGCACUCAUCUAUCUCCUGGCAUAGCUACAGUCUCAGACAAUCACGCCAUCAUCGACCCACUGAGCGAACAGGACGACGGCACAAUGACUCCUCCAUCUAGGCAGACAACUCCUGCUACAAGUCCUCAUAACUCUUUCAGAGUUCCAGGCUCGCUUUUACUGCGAGCUGCAGAGCCUCGCCUGGUAAGGCUGAAGAGGAUUGAUGCAGAGCUGGGGUUGCAGAUCUGUGGGGGAAACAUUUGUGGUAUCUUUUUGGAGAUGCUGGAUGAUGAAAGCCCAUUAAAGGGUCCUGAUGGUCUGCUACCUGGUGACCUAAUACUGGAGUACAAUGGGAUCAGCAUGAAGAAUAAAACUAAAGAAGAUGCUUACCUGGAAAUGUUGAAACCGACUGAAACGGUCAUGUUCAAGGUCCAGAACUGUGUGGAUAGCCUGGCUGACAUCAAAGCAUCACAAGGAGACGGAUUUUUCAUUAGAGCACUUUAUGAACGGGUUGCAGAAGCAGAGCAGGAGCUGAGCUUUAAAAAGGAUGACAUCCUAUAUGUUGAGGACACGCUACCAAAUGGUAACUUUGGCUACUGGAUGGCCUGGCAGCUCGAUGAAAAUGCACAGCGACUGGGGAAAGGACAGAUCCCAAGCAAAUACAUGAUGGAUCAGGAGUUUUACAGAAGACAUGGAAUGGCUGAUAUGAAAGAUGAGAAUGGAACUAAUAAGUCCAUGUCUGCUGCUGCUCGGAGGUCCUUCUUCCGUCGGAGGCUGAAGAACAAACGUAACGGCUCUAAGGAUGGGAAGGAACUGAUGGCUCUUGACAACUUAAGCACAGAUUCUCUACCCAUCCCAGAAGAUGGAGGGAACCUAAUGUACCAACGGGUUCAGAAGGUGGAUUGCUCGUCUCCCAGACCUGUGCUGAUUUUAGGUCCAUUAGUAGAGGCGUGCAAAGACCUACUUGUAACAGAGGCUCCUGCUAACUUCUGCCGCUGCCUGCCUGAAAUCAUGAAGGCAUCACAGCAGGCAAUAGAGAGAGGAGUAAAGGAUUGUGUGUUCAUCGAUUACAAACGGAGGAGCGGCCAUUUUGAUGUGACAACUGUUGCAUCAAUAAAGGAGAUCAUAGAGAAGGACUGUCACUGCUUACUUGACAUUGCUCCUUACGCCAUCGAACGUCUUCACAGCGUUCACAUCUAUCCAAUCGUCAUAUUCAUUCGCUACAAAAACGCAAAGCAAAUAAAGGAGCAGAAGGAUCCUCUCUACCUGCGGGAUAAACUCUCACAGAAACAUUCCAAGGAGCAAUUUGAAGCAGCACAGAAAAUGGAGCAGGAGUACAGCCGGUUCUUCACAGGAGUUGUCCAAGGAGGCAGUGUUUCCUCCAUCUGCACUCAGAUUCUGACCAUCGUGGAGCACGAGCAGAACAAAGUCCUCUGGAUUCCAGAUCGCGCACCAUAGAGAUUACAUCUAGAUCUCACAUUUAUGUAGCAUUUGUUUAACAGAAGGUACACUAUAAACAUCCGUUAGGGUUCACAGCUUACUUGCUUUUACAAACAUCAAGAUUGAUGAUGGUAAAGAAAAAAAAAAGCAAUAUUCCCACUACAUUAGUGAUGUACUGUGCAGCAAAUAGAUUUGUUUACAGUAGUAUUUGAUACUUGAAUGUUCUGUCCUUCCUCUGUUCUGGUAGCACUCCUGAUUUCUUAUUCUGACUAUAAAUAUUUUGGACCAGAGUGAGGAAGGUAUUCCUGAAGUGAUAGACUAGACUGUAAUGUUCAUUUCCUUCUCUGUAUUUAUAUGCAUUUUCCUCUCAUUUUAUUUAUCUAACCACAUUUUUUAAUCAUUAAGAAUAUUUUCUAUUUGUUAUUUUUUUUUUUGUAUAGGAAACAUUUCUUCCUUUUUAAAGAUCCCCCCCUUUAAUUUGUCGUGGAAAAACAUUGUGCCAGGCCAGAUUUUAUUUGUUUGUCUCGAAAAGACUGAACAAUUUAUUUCCUCUUGUGUCCUUCUGAUUCUACCAAUAUAUAUAUAUAUAUAUAUUUCUUGUCAAAUUUAAAUGCAAAGAAGGGACUAUUUUUAUUUUGAAUUUAUAGAUGGGUUUCUGUUGAACACAUUCAUGUGAUCCUGCCACAUUUUUUUCUUUUAGAUAAAAAAUUAAGAGAAGUUAAAGGUUUACCUUUCCUUAAAAAUAUUAAAAUAUGAUUGACAAACCACAAGUAUUCUGUAGUUUUACUAUAAUGUCUGCUUUAUUAUUUGAUUAACUCAAGGGGCCUUUUCAUGAAACCGUUAAAUAAUUGCCCACCAGAGGGAGCACCUUACCCCACUUUACUACAGGUGUUUACUGUGCAUAAAUACAGUGUACUUUCGGUGAAUCUCCUAAAGGAAA